AUGGUGAAUUUAAAGUGUAAUAGAGAAUUACCAAUUGGGAUGUAAUAGAUUUAUAGGGUAACCAAUAAAUGUAUAUAAACAUAUUUAAUAUUAAUCUCAGCAAAAAAUUAAAGUAAUAGUGAAAAGAGCAGGAUAAUAUAAUAUAUAAACCUAAACAAAUGUAUAAAUAUUAAUAUAUGAAUUUUCCAUUUAACAAAUGAAUUGA